AUGCGAGACGCGUCCGAGAUUACAGUGGAGCGAUUGGAUUCGUUUUUCCCCAAAAGCAACGCACUUUGGUGUCGUCGAAUCAACGAGAGAGACUACGCGAUGAUAAACAGGGCGCACCACCGCGGGACUUUCGUGAAGCAAAAGAACAUCAUCAAAACGAGGAGGCGUUUUACGACAACCUCUUCUUUUUCUUCUUCGUGUUCUUCUUCGUCGUUCGCGCCUCUGCGAGGCGCGAAAUCAUCGUCGUCAACGAACGCGAAGACAACGAAGAAGAGAACGAAGAAGGAUGCGUUGAGCACAUUUACGCGUCGCGUGAACGACCCCAAAUUAAGAGAAAAAGUGAGGAGGCUCGCAUCGUCUAAAUCAUCGUCGUGGUAUUUCUCGCGCUCUUUUUCUUCUAAAGAUGACGAUGAUGAGAGCGUGGAUGACGAACCGCCACCGUUACCACCGCGUACGAAAGGAGGCGUUGUAACGAGAAAGAGUAAAGGAGAAGAAGACGAAGAAGAAGACAACGAUGAAGAAAAUAACAUAGGCCCAAGGUUAAUCCCAUCGAUUGCAACAGCUACGAUCGGGGCAUUUUUAUUCGGGUACCAUUCGGCGGUGAUUAACGCGCCUUUAGCGUCGAUUGCCUCGGAUUUAGGCUUCGCGGAGAGCGACGGAUUGAAAGGCGUCGUCGUGAGCGUGAUGGUGUUGGGAGGCGUUUUGGGUGGGUUCUCUAUCGCGCCGUUCGCGGAUAAGUACGGACGGAAAAACGCGUUGGCGUUCGUGACGAUACCUUUAGCCGUGGGUGCGUUGAUUUCGGCAGUCAGUUGGGACGCGGCGUCGAUGACGUUUGGGAGAUUAAUCACCGGGAUAGGCGUCGGCGCGAGUUCACAAAUCGUGCCUUUGUAUUUAGCGGAGAUCUCGCCGCCAAGUUUUCGAGGGACCGCGAACGGUUUGAGGAGAAUGGCGUACGUUUUUGGGUGUUUGGCGGCGUUUCAAUUGGCGGUGCCUUUAGAGGAAGCCGCCAACGGAGGCGACGGGUGGUGGCGACCGUUGUUUUCGGAUUCAGUCUUUCCGGCGGUGGCGUUGGCCGUGACCGCGUUGGUCGUGGCGGUGGAAUCGCCGGUGUGGUUGUUAGCGACGAGCGAGGAAAUCGAGUGCGAAGUGGAAAAGAAAGAGAUUGAGCGAGAAUCGAGGCGGUCGUUAGGGGCGCUGAUGAACAUUCGAGGGAAAGCGGCGAAAGUGUGGCAAGAGAACAUACAGAAAAAGGAAGAAAGUAGUAGUAGUAAUAGUAGUAGUAGCAGUAGUAGUAGUAUUGCUGCGAGUAGUAGUAAUAAUAGUAGUAGUAAUAGCGAGAGCGCGGCAGAGGAGAAUACGACUGUUGAAGACGACGACCGAAAGGAAACGAGUAGUAGUAUUCGUAGUAGUAGGAGUACUAUUGGUAAUAGUACGAGCGCCGUUACGAGCGGCGGCGGCGGCAAAAAAUUGGAGACGUGGUCGGAGAUUUUCAAAGACGAAACAAACGUCCCUUCUUUGAUUACAGGCGUUGGGUUGUGCGCUUUGGCGGCGUUUUCUGGAUCAAACACAGUUAUAUUCUACGCGAAAUCGGUGUUUAGCUCCGUCGGUUUGAGCUCGCCCGAGUUGUUGACGUGGGCGGUCGGCGUCCCGAACAUUGUGGGCGGCGUUUUAGCGCUGGUUUUCACGGACAAACUCGGUCGACGACCUUUGCUUUUGUGGUCGUUCGGUGGAAUGUCCGCGUGCUUAGUCGCGCUUUCUGCCGUGGACAUUUACACGCACGGGGUACCGUUCCUCUCCGAAAACAACGGCGGUUUCGGAGGAGGCGCGUCGUCCAUGACCACGUCGAGUAAAUUCUUCAAGGCGAGCUUUUGCAACACGCUCGACCCGUCCGCGGUGGAAGUGUUAUCACCAGAACAAAAAGCGAAGCAAAGAGGUAGUUUGAGCAUCAACGAGGGUUAUUUUUCGGACAUUUUCAACGUCCAACAGUCCUCGUACUCUUCGUUUACGACGAAAUCAAUCAUAUGCGAAGACUUACCGGACCGCGAAAUCGGCGGGUUAAUCGAAGACGUCGCCAUCCAAGGCCGCGAUACCAAAAGCAACAUCAGCGGCGAACGACAAGAACCGGAAGCUACGAUUGCGCUCAUAUCCCUCCCGCUUUACGUCCUCUUCUUCUCCGCCGGCGCCGGCCCAGUCCCGUGGCUGCUCUACAACGAAGUCUUCCCGACUCGAAUCCGCGCCAAAGCGGUGUCUUUGUGCACCGCCACCAACUACUUCUCCAACGCCAUCGUCGGUUCUGCGUUUCUACCCGGCGUCACGUUUCUCGGUUUGGGCGGCACGUACGCCGGUUACGCGCUCUUAAAUCUCCUCGGGUACGUUUUCGUGAAAGAACUCGUGUUUGAAACCAAAGGGAUGAAGUUAGAGGACAUCGAAGAGACGAUGUUAGAGAAGUGGGCGAAGAAUAAAAACGCGUCGACGUAA